GCCGGCCCAGGCGAAGCGCUCGCCGCUGGGCCGUGCAUUGCUCCUAGCUCUGGAGCUGCAGCACGGCCAGAAGAGGCCGCCGCAUGGAGUAGCUGAGCCGCCGCCUCCGCUGCCCAUUCACUCGCGCCCGCCCUCACUCCUGCGGCUGGCCGGCCGCGUUCCACUCGCCCCUGCUCGCGCCGCGCCUGCCCACUAUGUACGAUUAUGACCUGCUGACCGGCUUCCUGGGCGAGUGGGGCCCCUUCCAGCGCCUCAUCUUCUUCCUGCUCAGCGCCAGCAUCAUCCCCAACGGCUUCAACGGGCUCUCCGCCGUCUUCCUGGCCGGCACGCCGGAGCACCAGUGCCGAGUGCCCGCCAGCGCCAACCUCAGCAGCCAGUGGCUGAACGCCAGCAUCCCGCUGGAGGAGCGCGACGGGCGGCAGGUGCCCAGCCGGUGCCGCCGCUACCGCCUCGACGCCCUGCGCAACUUCUCCGCCCUGAGCCUGGAGCCCGGCCGCGACGUCAACCUCAGCCAGGUGGAGACCGAGAAGUGCCUGGACGGCUGGGAGUACAGCCGCGACCCCUACCUCUCCACCAUCGUCUCCGAGUGGAAUCUUGUGUGUGACAACGACUGGAAAUCACCUUUAACUACCUCUUUGUUUUUUGUGGGUGUAUUGGUUGGAUCUUUUAUGUCUGGACUACUCUCCGAUAAGUUUGGUAGGAAGAAUGUGAUGUUUGCAACAAUGGGAGUCCAGACUGGGUUUGGCUUCAUCCAGGUCUUCUCAACAAGCUGGGAAAUGUUUUCAGUUCUCUUUCUCAUUGUUGGAAUGGGACAGAUCUCCAAUUAUGUGGCUGCAUUUGUACUUGGCACAGAAAUUCUUGGCAAAUCAAUCCGCAUUAUAUAUUGCACAUUAGGUGUUUGCAUAUUUUAUGCAUUUGGCUACAUGUUGCUGCCACUGUGUGCUUACUUCAUCAGAGAUUGGCGGACUCUACUUCUGACUCUUACUUUACCAGGGCUGCUGUAUGUUCCACUGUGGUGGUUCAUUCCAGAAUCUCCUCGGUGGCUGCUCGCUCAAGGAAGGAUUCAGGAGGCUGAAGCCAUCAUUCAGAAGGCUGCAAAACAGAAUGGAGUUCAAGCCCCAGCUAUAAUAUUUGAUCCUAUUGAGCUGGAAGAUUUGAAUUCCCGGGACCAACAGACAAACAGCAUUUUGGACCUAGUGAGGACCCGAAAUAUAAGAUCUAUCACUAUCAUGUCUCUGAUCCUAUGGAUGGUCAUUUCCAUAGGCUACUUUGGCCUUUCUUUGGACACUCCUAACUUGCAUGGCGAUAUCUACCUCAAUUGCUUCCUCUCAGCAGUAAUUGAAGUGCCAGCAUACAUCAUAUCUUGGCUGCUUCUCCAAAAUCUUCCCCGACGGUAUUCAAUGGCAGGAGUCUUGUUCUUAGGCGGAUGUGUUCUUCUCUUCAUUCAGUUGGUGCCUUCACACCUCAACGCGGUAUCUAUUAUCUUGGUGAUGAUUGGAAAGUUUGGGAUCACAGCCUCCUUCUCAAUGGUUUACGUCUAUACUGCUGAGCUCUACCCAACAGUCGUGAGGAACAUGGGAGUGGGUGCCAGUUCAAUGGCCUCCAGAAUUGGCAGCAUCCUCUCACCUUACUUUGUAUAUCUUGGUGCCUAUGAUCGAUUUCUGCCCUACAUCUUAAUGGGAAGUUUAACAGUCUUAACAGGAAUCCUGACUUUGUUUCUCCCAGAAAGCUAUGGCACAUCUCUUCCAGAUACAGUUGAUCAGAUGCUUAGGGUUAAAGGAAUUAAAUAUAGAAAUACAUCCAAAAUCAAAAGGAGGUCCAAGAAUGAAGAAGAUCCAUGUUCCAUACAUUCACUUUCCCUGAGUGCCUAUAAUACUGUAAAGCUGCAGAAGAACACAUUUGUAUAUCCAAACCCUUUAAUCUCUCAUCUUUGUCCGUAUGGAAUUACAUACUAGGACCUUUCUAAGUAUGGACACACCAAGCUGAUGGGUCAAUAGUUACCUGGCUCCUCCUUUUUCCCCUUCUUGAAGAUGAUGACAACAUUUGCCCACUUCCAAUCUUCUGGCACCUCAGCCGUAUUCCAAGAAUUCUCAAAGGUGAUCAACAGAGGCCCUACAAUUCAUCUGGUCCUGAGGACUUGAUUAUAUUUAUAUCACAAGUUCUUCAUUUAAACUGCACUAUUAAUGUCUUCCUCCAAUACCCCUUCCCUUUUAAAUACAGUGAAGUUUCAGCAGAGAUUUGGAAUUAAAUAUCUGGGGCUAUAUUUAGAAGAGGAAAAAAGCAACUGUGCUCUGAGUGGGCAGGCCCUCCAUUCUGUAUGCCUAAAAAGCUGCUGCAGGCUUUGGCCUUUGUAUGUUAAAGCUAUUUGGAUCAAACAUAAGUUUAUAUUUAAAUAUUCAGUGCUGAUUCUGAAACAAUUUUUCUAUGAAAUAUUUUCAUACUAAUUUGGAUAGGAUAUUC